CCACCACCCCCAUUUACCUAUGUAAUGCUUAUGGUUAUCCAUGGAAGAGAUUUCUGCUUCUGGAUGAUUUUUUUUCUUCCCUUUUCUUAAUUUCUUUGUCGUCCAAUUCAUUCUUUAAAGAAAUUUUAUGACACCCACUUUCCGACCCACCUUCACAAACCUCAAAAUUUCCAAUUUUUUCGUUGCCAGCAGAGGAAUGUCUCAGAAAAGAUUGAAGAAUUAAAUUUUCUUGGUAGAGGUGGUAGACUGGUGAUUAUAACAAAAGAUUGAAAAGCAUUCAAGUUGUGAAAUUCUUUUCACAAGUACUGGAGGAUAUAAAUUAUGCCAGGUUUGAUUGGAAGGAAAGAAACUAAGGAAAGUGAUUUUCUAAUUGGCAUUUAUCACAAAUUGGAGAGGGUAUUGAUCAGGCGUCCAAAUGAACGUUGUUGGCAAAGUUGGGAGUCUCAUUUCUCAAGGAGUUUAUUCAGUUGCCACGCCAUUUCAUCCCUUCGGUGGGGCAGUCGAUAUAAUCGUCGUUCAGCAGCAGGAUGGGACUUUCCGCAGCACACCUUGGUAUGUUCGGUUUGGUAAAUUUCAGGGCGUUUUAAAGGGUGCUGAGAAGAUCGUCCACAUAUCUGUCAAUGGCAUUGAAUCCAAUUUCCACAUGUAUCUUGAUAACUCUGGUGAGGCCUAUUUCAUAAAGGAAGUAGAAACUGGUCAGGGAAAUGAGGUUGAUGGAGUUACAGAUCAUUUGGUUAAGGAUGUGAUAUAUGGAGACAGCAAGGAUGAACAUAAUAAAAAAUUGUUUGUAACAGGUAGACUGGAGCACAGUGUCUCUGAUUCUACUGUUGUUCAGCUGCGAGAUGAAAACAAUUCUAUGGCAGUUCCACGAAUUGAGAGGGCAGAAUCUGACGUUGAACAUAGAUUCUAUGAUUUUCAGGAUGAGCAGUCUUCUGUGGAGGAUUUGGUAGAGGUGUCAGAGAGUGAUUCUAACAGAUAUGAGAAUUUAGAGAAUGAGAGUAGUGCCGAAUCACAGGGUACGGAUUCAGAGGUUAUCCUAGUGAGUGUGGAUGGUCACAUACUGACUGCUCCAAUCUUGGCAACUGAACAAAAUACAGAAGAUGUGCAGUUAAGUACACCUCAAUUUCAUUUGGGUCCUGGUGAGGGGACGGAAUUUUGUGAAGACAAUGAAUUUACAGGUGAAGAUGCCUGGGCAGCUGAUUAUAUCAAGCAGCUGGAUACAUCUACAGAAAACGUCACAUCCAAUAAAGUUGGUGCUUUGAGUAAUGAGUCUAAUGGUAGUGUGUAUGAGCUAGUGGUUUCAGAAAGGGAUGUAAAACAUAUUUCUCAAACUGAAGAAACCUCAGGCACUCAAGUUCAGGAAGAUGAUCUUGUGCAGAGUGAUUCGGAAGAUGUCCGCAUUAUAAUUGAGGAAGAGAUUUUUAAGAGCUGUCUAGAGCUAUCGGAAUUAGCCAAACGGGCUGGAAACACUGAUUCUGAAAACGCUGUCUCUCCAGUGGAGGCUGGAAAUUUAGAAGAAAAAUUCAACAUGAUUGUUCCUUCAGUAUCUGAAACCAAUGGAAAUGUUAUCGAUUCCAGAGAUAAAAAUGGGACGCAUUCUGAUAGUGAUUCUGAUAGCGCUCUUGUCAAUAUGACUCCAGAGCUACUUGUUAAAGCUGGUGGAACUGAGGAAAAUGAGUUUGGUGAAGAGCAAGCCACUUCAGAUGACAAAUGUGUUGUUUCUGUUCAUAAUAAUGAUCCUUUGAAUAUCAAACAGUUUGACACAGUUGAGGGAAUUGAAAGAAUGGACAGCGGUUCACAAGGGCCUGUUGCUGAUGACGAAUCCAAUGUAAGACAGUUAGAGGAAUCUCCAGUGGAUGUUUUAUGUGGAAGAAUACAACAUCAUUCAACAGGUUUUGAGAUCUCGCUUUGCGGUAAUGAACUUCAUCCUGGUAUGGGCUUGCAUGCUGCAGCCGAAGCCUUUGACGCACAUCGUGUGUCAGCAGAGGAAUUUGAAAAGUCUGCUUCAUCAAUUAUUAAAAAUGAAAAUCUAAUUAUUAGAUUUGGAGAAAGGUACAUGUCAUGGGAAAAAGCUGCUCCUAUAGUACUGGGGAUGGCUGCAUUUGGAAUUGAUUUAGAAGUGGAUCCCAAAGAUGCAAUUUCUGUGGAACAGGAUGAUUCAUUGAGGGCUGAGGAGGAUGAAUCUACUCCCACUCCCGCCGGCCGAAGAUGGAGGCUGUGGCCUAUUCCAUUUAGAAGGGUUAAAACGCUUGAUCACAGUAACAGCAACUCAUCAAAUGAGGAAAUUUUUGUUGAUUCCGAAUCCACAUUACAGAACUUACAAGCAGAACAAAGUCCAAGGUUGCAGAAUUUACAAGCAGAACAAAGUCCAAGGUUGCAGAAUGGCAGCAAGGAGCCUUUUAAGAGACAGCUUGUGAGGACAAAUGUUCCAACAACUGAGCAGAUAGCAUCAUUGAAUCUGAAAGAAGGGCAAAAUAUGAUAGCUUUCACCUUUUCAACUAGGGUUCUUGGGACACAAAAGGUUGAUGCUCACAUUUAUCUGUGGAAAUGGAAUGCUAGAAUUGUGAUUUCUGAUGUUGAUGGGACUAUUACCAAGUCUGAUGUGUUAGGUCAAUUCAUGCCUUUAGUUGGGAAGGAUUGGACGCAAUCUGGCGUGGCUAGACUUUUUACCGCAAUUAAGGAGAAUGGUUAUCAGCUGCUGUUUCUCAGUGCACGGGCCAUUGUUCAGGCAUAUCUUACCCGAAGUUUCUUACUCAACCUAAAACAGGAUGGAAAAGCUUUACCAAAUGGACCAAUCGUUAUCUCACCAGAUGGACUAUUUCCUUCUUUAUUUCGAGAAGUGAUAAGAAGAGCACCACAUGAAUUUAAGAUUGCAUGUUUAGAGGAUAUUAAGAAGCUUUUCCCUCCUGACUACAAUCCAUUUUAUGCUGGGUUUGGCAAUAGAGACACAGAUGAGCUCAGCUAUCGAAAAGUUGGGAUUCCGAAAGGAAAGAUAUUUAUAAUCAACCCCAAGGGAGAAGUGGCUAUUAGUCAUCGGAUCGACGUGAAGUCUUACACGUCUUUGCACACACUUGUUAACGAUAUGUUUCCGCCAACCUCACUGGUCGAGCAGGAAGACUAUAACGCUUGGAAUUUUUGGAAAAUGCCGUUGCCUGACAUUGAAUUAUAGUCAUUGAAUAGUGAAGACUGCUUUACAUUGACAAAAAAGAAAAAAAAAGAUCAAAGUGGGCUUUUCUUCCACACGAGAUAGAAGUAUUUGAAAUUCUUCACAUUUUCCCUGUUUUCUUCCACAAGUAAUUUUGACAGACAGAGCCACUGGAGGAGUGUUUGAAGCCGUAGCUAUUUGGGUGGAUCAAGCAAGUUCCUGUGGAAUAAAAGUAAAGAUGUUAGUUGAAUGUCUCUUAAUCUUGUCUUCUUCUGCUUCCUUUUUGUUUUUCUACAUUCAGAUGCACUUAAUUCAUUAAUAUACAGAAUAGUCAACUCAAACUUUUGUUCC